UCCCUGUAACCGGAACCACGUUAUACCUCAGAUAAACAUUAGACGAUGCUCUAGAAACUUCGUUGUCGUAGUUACGAACUUGCAAAACUCUAUAUUAUUCACUUGUACUGAUCACUUUUUUAUUUAAAAUAUUUCUUUCUACUGUAAUUGACAAAUCCUUGCUUGGAACCAGGAUUGUCUUACUUUUGACCAGACCCUACCAGUGUCCACGUUCCCCUUCCCGGCCACCACUUCUUCCCUUCAAUGAGGAUGUCUCUGGCCCAGAGAGUCCUGUUGACAUGGAUCUUCUCUCUCAUCUUCCUCAUCAUGCUGGUCCUCAAACUGGACUCUAAAAUUUACUGGAACUGGUUUCUUGUCUUUCUUCCUGUAUGGACCUUCGACACCAUCCUCAUUCUCAUGCUUGUGGUAAAGAUGGCGGGUCGCUGCAAGCCCGGCUAUGAUCCACGGGAUGGCCAGCAGAACCUGCGGCGGAGGGUAUGGUACCUGGUGGCCAUUUUGCUGAAACUGGGCUUCUGUCUGACGCUGUGCGCCCGGCUGGAGAGGCUGACGGACAUUUGGCUCAGUGUGGUCUGUGUCCCCCUCUGGGCUGUGCUGGUCGGGGCCAUGGUGGAGCUGGGGUACAAUGUCUUUCACUACCGCAGAGACUGACAAGAUUCCGAGGGAGGACAUAGAAACUGCAGAUGAGUCUGUAAGGAAGGUGAAAGUGAGAUAAUAUUAUUUGCUUCUGGUGAAACUGAAAAGAGUGAACAUGAGAAGGGUAUUGUUUCAUUUUAACUACCGCAGAGACUGAGAUAAGGGGGAGGGGUGAAAGGAGAUUGAGAAGGGAAUAUAUUUACUUUACUCCUACUAGUACAGGAUACAGAGACAACUGCAAUAGAGACUGAGGGGGAGUUGUGUUACAGCGAGCAAUACUUCAGCCAUGACCUCUGACCAGGGAACUGGAGUCUAGACUGGUUUCUGUGGGAAUGGACUCUAUAUUCUGUAUUUGUGAAACGUGCCUAUUGACAUUGAGGGUAUUGAUAAGCAGAUUUGAACCCUGCAUCCCCAGACAGACAGACUGACUGACUAUGAUAACUAAGGACCGUUGGGUCUGAUGGAUUUAUAAAUUAAUAUCGGUAUUCAUUGUUUCUUUGGUAGGAAUCUUUUUUUUUCCUGGAAAAAUACACAAGUCAUAAAAUGCAUUAGAUACAGUUCCUCAACUUUGCUGAAGUAAUUAGAGAGCUCACUAAAGUUGGUAUGGACUCAUUAUACAGUGGUAUUUCCCUGCUUAUAUUUUCAAAUAAUUUGCAGAUUAGUGACUACCUUGAAGAAGAGAACAUUGAGGAGUAUAUUUUCUAAGUUUUGGAACAUAACUGUAAAUCUGCUAUAAAGGGAAUUUCAUAACAGGUAACCUGACUCACUCUAGAAAGGAGAGCAGGAGGGAUUGCCUGUCCUCUCGGGUGUUUUAUCAUAGGUCAGAAGGGUGUACUACAUACCUGGUUUGAGGACUUACCUGUGUUGAUAUUAAAACUGUUUCUGCUAUUUUCAUGUUAAACUAAUCAAUUUUGAUAUAAUGAAUGGGCUGAUCCCUUCUGCGUUUGAAAGUUAACGCACAGUAAAAUGUUGUUUGGCAAUAAUAUUAUAUAAUUGAUUGGAUUGGGGUGAAAGCUGAAAGCUAAAAACAUGAAUAAUGAUCAAUAAAAUACCUUCUCAGGGUUAGGAAGGGAUAGGCUAUGUCGUUGGUACUGGUACACUGAGGAAGAGUUUCUCAACCUAGUUCUGUGGCACCCAAAUGGGGCUACAUGCUUUUUUGGCAUUCCAGCACUAAAACCUGUAAUUCUACUAAGCAGGCAAUCAUCCAGCUGUUUUAGAUAAAUCAGACUCAUUCUAUUUUGGAUCCAAAAUGUGUGUCUAUUUACAGUCCAAAAUUGAUUAAUUGAGGAAAAAUUUAGCAGAGAGUGAGAGCAAAUGUAUUACCUUGAAUGUCUCCAAACAUAAACAAGCUGAUAAAAGUACUUGUUUUACUCUGACAUUCACUCUUCCUGCUUGAAAGCCAAAUUCUAUACUUUUUGCAAGUUUUAUUUUUCUUCAGUGAAUGUAUUUUUUUUGCUGACCUUUGCAUUAAUAUCCAAGAAUUUACACUACCAUAAAUGUCCUUGCUGUGUUGGUCAACAUUGAUAUGUCCUGUUAUUGCCUUUUCCAGGCACAGGAGGUUUUGUGACGGCUUCCAGGGUUGGGGGAAGUUGUAACAAUGUAGAAAUUAUGUUGAGCAAAGCAGCCAAAUUAUACAAACAAGGUUUUAACUUAAAUGUAUUAUACAUACCUUAUAUGAUACAGAUACCAUGAAUAGCCUAGUGGUCCUGGGAAGAGUAUUAUAAAAUUAGAGGUUUUAAAAAUAUCUGGGCAUUGUCAGAUUAUUAAAGUAGAUUGAGAACCAAAUGGCCUUGUACAUUUAUUUGAAUUUCUUCCAAAAUCAUUACAUAUUUCUAUAUAAUUAAUUUUAAAUUCCUGUUUUUUAAGUUAAAAAGUGCAACACUUGACCCCAGUUACUGUUAUAGUUGUUUCUGGCGAGGUGACGUCCAGACAUUUUGGAUUAAAAUCAAUACUGUGAUGUAACAAACCUUUUGUUGGUAUGAAUGAUUAGGAAACAGAGUAAAAAUUUUUCUUUCAGAUAACUCUUAAAGAAGUCCUUGAAGCAAUAUUUUCCAUUGACUCUAGUUAAUCUACGUGACUGGAUCAUUUUGAUCUAGGGCUGUUAUUAUUGGCUACAUCUAUUAUAGCACAACCAGACAUAUUUAUUUAACCUAACAAUCACAUUUGGAAAUAUUCCUACAAGCAGAAAGCCAGCUGUUGGGAGAUGAUACAUGUGAUGUGAAUGACAUUAAAAACCCAUGUUGAGGACCUAUUAAAUUACAUUUUUCUAUAGAAAAUAGGCAUGUUUUAUACUACAUUAUAGAAAACAUGUUUCCAGGCAGCAUUUUUAUCAAUAUUAGGUUAUGACCACAUGCUCUAUAUGCAUGUAGCGGCCUCUUAAAUUCACUAGAUAUAAUUUACCACAGGGCUUAGAUUUAUAGCUGGAGAUGGCUUUAGCACACAUUACUGUCAUGUAUCAGAAGAUUGUUUGGCCAUUGCUCUCUUAAGGGAACAUCACAGCCUUCUCUUGUUAAUGCAUUGUUAAUGCUUCUACUUAAUGUGUCUUUUAAAUUUACAUAAUUUCCAUUUAUUGUUUUAACUGCUCACAAGAAUAUUUAAUACUAGACAUUUCAAUUGCUGGUAAUGAACUUGGAAAAUUUGCAUUUAGUCUUUAUGCACCACAAAAGUGUACAUUUCAGAAAUUAUUUACGCUAGAUACAUUAGUUACACUACAUUAUUUAAACCUUUAAAGGAUGUACUGUCAAUGGAAUAUACUGGUUUAAAGCAGUGAUGUAAAUAUCUAUAUUUUUAUACAAUAUGUUGUUUUAUGUAUGCAGGAUUCCCCCAUAACAGCCAUGUCUUGGUGGAACACAUGCCUGUUCAAAUAAAGGUUGAUUCAUUAAAUCAAAUGAAAGACAAACCAAAAACAGGGUGUGUUGAUCAUUGUCUGUCGUCGUAUGUAUGUAUGUAUGUAUGUAUGUAUGUAUGUAUGUAUGUAUGUAUGUAUGUAUGCGUACGUUGUCAGUUCAAAUGUCCAAUAUGUAGAUGGCGGUUGUGCUGUAAAGGACUCUGUAACAACUUUUGUGUCUGGUAUUGUUUUGUGUCAGAAGUGCGUUCUCUCAAUAAAAU